GAUAAUCAAGAGCCUUUGAUGGAGCUCGCAGCUUCAGUGUUAAAUAACACCCGCUCCCAACAGCUGAGUGGGGGCAGGACUCAUUCCAGAACUAUUAAUAAAGCCCCUAUUUAUACUCCAGGUUCCUGUGAACUGUGCAGCAGAAAGCUACAGCUGCAGAGCUAAAAUGGAAUAAAUGUCAGCCUACGGGGAAAAGUACCAUCCAGUGGGAAAGGAGACAGCCAAAGGACAGCACAGGGGCAGGUUUCAGACCUGAGAAAGCAGAGAGCGAACGGCAGCACGCUGAGCUUACAGGCAGUGGGCAGAGCCAGCCAGUCCCCUCCCGGCAGCCGCAGGUCUGUGCAGAGAGCUGCCAGAGAUGCAGCGUCAGAGGCAGCUCCCACUGAUGCCAGCACAGACCAGCGGGGUUUGAGCUGCCACUCCACUGAGCUGGGACCAGGUGUGGCUCAGGGCAAAGGUGCAAGAUCCCCAAAGGACGUUUGAGGAGGCUUUGAAUGCAUUGUCUGCUGGGCUGGAAAGAUAAUGGAGAGCACGGGAGGACCGUAUCUGAACACAGCUGCGGUGACUUCCCCUGUAGGAAUAGCUCGAUUGCUGCAGAUGACCUUCGGAUGUACCACAUUCAGCCUGGUGGCCCACCAAGGGGGCUUCAGUGCUGCCUACGGCACCUUCUGCAUGUUUGUCUGGACCUUCUGCUUUGCCAUCACUGUGUUCAUCAUCGCCUGUGAGUUCACACACCUGCACAGCUGCCUGAGCCUGUCCUGGGGAAACUUCACCGCUGCUUUUGCCAUGCUUGCCACACUCAUGUCCAUCACAGCUGCAGUGAUCUACCCGCUCUACUUCGUCCAGGUGGGCUGUUACCCCAUCGGCUGCGAGGUGAGGGAUUUCCGCAUUGCUGCCAGCGUCUUCGCGGGCCUUCUGUUUGUCACGUAUGCCACUGAAGUGUUCUUAACCAGGGCAAAACCAGGACAAGUCACCAGCUACAUGGCCACUAUCUCUGGGCUCUUGAAAAUUGUUCAGGCCUUUGUAGCCUGCAUCAUCUUCGGGGCACUGGUGAAUGACAGCCAGUAUGGGAAAUAUGUGGCGACGCAGUGGUGUGUGGCUGUCUACAGCUUUUGCUUUGUGGUGACAGUGGUGGUAGUGGCCUUCAGUGUCACAGGUAAGACUGCCUUGCUGUGGUUCCCUUUUGAGCGUUCUGUGGUCAUCUACACCUUUGGGGCUGUGCUGCUCUACGCGAGUGCUGCGGUCAUCUGGCCAGUGUUCUGCUUUGACAGCAAGUACGGCUCCCCACGACGCCCUGGCCUCUGUGCCAAGGGGAAAUGUCCCUGGGACAGCCAGCUGGUGAUUGCCAUCUUCACCUAUGUCAACCUGCUGCUCUACGUCUUGGACCUGGCGUACUCCCAGCGCAUCCGCUUUGUCUCACACCUCUGAAUCGUGUGUGGGCCUCUGCGGGGGCAUCUCAGUGCUGUGAACCACUGCAGAUGCAGGGGGACGGGACGAGGGGCACAGAGGUGCUGGGCAGGCAUGCACACAACACCAUCACCCAAACUUCAAGGUGAGGACUGACCACACUAACGAUUUAAUGACCUGGAGCAGGUGGGCUGCAGCUGAUGUGAAGCACAGCCCAACUGCCCCAAGGUUCUGCCUCACCCGCCUGGUGCCAGCGCGAAGGAAUGACACAGCUCCACGUGCAUCUGCAGACAGCAGGAAUGCUUGUAGCCACAGCAGCGAGGCUGCAGGCUACCAGGUUACUGAGCCAAGUAUUAGGAAAGACACCAAGGAUUUUGAAACUGUUAACCAGUGCUUAAUGUUAACCAAGUGAUUACUCAGGAAAUGGAAAAGUUAAAAGCUGCAUGAAAGAACAGUUCAGGAGAUGAAAAUCAAUCUCUUGGAGUUUGGGUUAGUUUGGACUGUGUUGUGAGAUGUGGAAUGUCUACAAGUGUGGGCAGUUCCAGUCUGGGUGUUUCUGAGAACAUCAUAGCCAUAACAGUAUUUUGAAGGUUGCCAGUCUUUUCCCUUCCUCUCCUUUGCUGACUAGCACAGAAAAGGAAUAUCCUCAAGGGCACACCUUGGAGGAGGCCUAUUUAAUUUAAUAUUCCUAUUUAGCAAACACUGCGUCACUACAGAAAUGAAACUUUGUAAAGCUGGGGCUCUACUGCUGAGAAUCAGGUUGCAGAGCAGAGCCAACCUGCAAAGUGACUGUGUGUGACCUGCCAUCCUCCCUUGAGCAGCACAGAAAAUACCUUGGCAUGUGCUCCGUCUUGAUUCAUGAGCCAUGAUUUCUUUACACUGGGGUCAAGGGUUUUUUUCUGGAUGCUUGAAGAUAAAUUCUGGGCACAUGGGAAAGGGGAGGCAGAGACUAAUUGAUCUCACAGUGCUGCACAAGAGACCAAACCAGAUGGGAGGGGGCAUGGACAGGACAGGACAUAACAGAACUUGCACACAGUACCCCAGAGCAGCUCAGGCGUGGGAUUCCUGAGCACGCUGCAUCACUGAGUAGCCAAAUUUCUCAGACCCAUCCCUGACAGAACACCCACUUUAAAGUUCCACACUUCUUGGCUCAGAUUUCAGGCCCCAAAGGAAUCUUCAUUUGUUCCAGGGAGAAGCCAGAGUGUCCAAGUGCUUGUGCAGCACAUGCAGACUUGAGUGCUUUCAUUAAAAUCUCCAGUAGCUGCCUGUCAGAAGCAAUAUUUAUUUUUUAACCAAAACAAAAUAAAGCUGAA